CGUUGCCAAGAGCCUUGGCGUCGCCUACGCGUAAUGGUAAUUUCUUGGCUCGUGGGCACAGUUGCCCGAACUUUAGAAGUUAGGGAUUGCACCAUGUCUAAAAAGAAUGCAGUUGCUUACAUCAAACCUCCAGAACCGGCAUUUUUGACCGCCUUUAAGAAGCAGGCGGGGUUUAAGGAAAGUCCAUCGGUAGAUACAAAGCGGGAGGAGCUCGGCUUCGAUGACGAUCAGGCAGACAAGGACGACGAGAGGCCCACAGUGGUCGUACUCGAGCCAGGCCACCUGACCGAGCAGGAGGUGGCUGCUGCAAAAGAACUUGGUGCUGAAGAGAUCCCUGAAUCAGAAGAACCUCCCGUCGAUGGCAGGAUCCGUUUCAAGAAACCGAAGAAGAGGCAAAAUGAAGAGUCGGAGGGUGGCCAGCAAAAGAAGAAAGCUAGUUCGUCCAAGAAAGUGAAGAAUAGCUCGUUGUUAUCGUUCAAUGAGGACGAAGAGGACGGGUAGCUAAUGUUUUUGCCACCAUCCGCAUCGACCGAUUACUUCGACGGUGGUUUCUUGAUGCCAUUUCACAAUUAUCGCCCAUCAUGUUACCAUCGGUCAUACAUUUCACCUGAAAUACACGUAUGUCGAGAA